AUGGGAAAGGUGUACGGCAAGGGUGUGCAACAUUAUCUUCGAAACCCUUCUCAAUUGCGAUUGGUACUUGCUCUGCUAGCUACGUGGAUAUUUGUGCAAUUCUGUACGGGGAAUUGGCUGCUCACGGGAAGGGUUGAAUAUGCCACAUUUCGCGAUUUAAAGGAGGAGGUGCAGAAGCUUAAAGCCAAAGUUGAAAUUCACGAGAGACGCUUUUGGCUUGACCCUUUGGAGCCGAUCUUUCAGUACCGACCUAAAUUCUGGUUAGGGAAAACUGAUGAUGUCGACGACAAAGACCAGGUGACCCCGUAUUUCCUGGCGAAUUUUGUAAAUGCGUCGGACAAGAAUGUUUACGAUCGCCGGAUUUACAUUGAUCUCGGCUUGCACGACUUCAAAAGUAGCGUAUGCUGGAUGAUGCAAAAUUACCCAACAAAAUUCGACCUUGUGUACGGUUUUGAAGCUGAUGCGAAGCUGCAUGCGGACAUACAUACCUUAGCCAGCAAUAUCACUGAGUGCGUCAAGGGAACAUCUGCCGAGGCGAGAGGAUAUAAAACUCACGAAGUCUUGAACACUUUCACUUUUUACUACAAUUUUGUGGGUGCUGAGGACAAUAACAAGAGCUCUCCUCCAACCCGAGGUUUAAGUCAGUUUGUGAGAGACAUUGGCAUCAAAGAGAAUGAUUUUGUAGUCCUCAAGAUGGAUGUUGAAGGAUGGGAAUAUGAUAUUCUCAGUCGCAUCAUGGACGACGGCACUUACAAAUUUUUGGAUGAGGUGUUCGUCGAAGUACACUACAACCACCCUGAAAUGCAUCCAUGGCACUGGUAUAUCUUCAAACAUUCCCGAGCUGAAAUUCAAGCAUUAUUGACAAGAGCACGAGACCUGGGGAUGUUCAUUCAUCCCUGGCCAUAGCUAUCGAAGAGGCACUGCAAUGAAAUCGAUGAUUUAGAGGUCAUUUCUUGCAUAAAUAGCAUAUUAUUCGC